AUGGACGGCUUUGAUGAAGAAACAUUUAAUAAGUUCUUUCCAUCCAGCUUUGGAAAGCAAGCCAAAUCAGUCGAUGUUGAUGCCCAGAUCGACCGCUCUAAGCGUGUCGAGGUCUCGGCACCAAAGCCAGAUGAAAAACCACUAAGCACAUCCGCAGCUCCUGCGCAAUCCAAAGCGAGCGAUGACGAGAAAAAGAACAGUGAUUCAGACAGUGAUGAUGAUUCCGAUGACUCGGACGAUGACGAGGACGAAUUUCCCGUAUCACACGAGCUUGUUCUCAAAAGUCAUGAGCGUGCCGUGACCACCAUGACCGUGGACCCGUCGGGCGCACGACUAAUAACAGGUUCCAGUGACUGCACGUUGAAGUUGCAUGACUUCGCCUCCAUGACACCUUCUACCCUUCGCGCAUUCAAGACUGUCGAUCCCUCGGCCAAGCAGACGUCCGCAUCACAGGAUACCCACCCCGUCAACUUCGUCGCAUUCAACCCAAUCUCGCCGAGCUACGUUCUAGCUGUGCCUGCUUCAUCUCAGCCUCGAGUUCUUAGCCGUGAUGGUGAAACGCUCGUGGAGUUUGCCAAAGGUGAUCCGUACUUGCGUGAUCUACACCUCACCAAAGGACAUAUCUCUGAGGUUACAUGUGGUGCCUGGAGUCCCUCCGAUGAGAACUUGUGCACAACCGGUGGUUCUGACGGCACAAUUCGCAUCUGGGAUGCUAACGUCGGCCGCAAGCAGAAGGAGGUGAUAGUUCAUAAGUCGCGAGCGGCCGGGUCUGCAGGUCGGACGAAAAUCACCGCUCUCGCAUGGAGCUCGCCCAAACAAGGAGGAGCUGAUAUUCUGGUCGGCGCAGGUCUAGAUGGUAGUCUGGCUAUGUGGAGCGGCAACGGACCUUACACCAGACCUAGCGGAGAAAUCCGAGAUGCUCAUGCCAAAGACACCUGGACUAGCGGACUGGAUAUCAGUUCCGACGGAAGGCUUGUCGUGAGCCGAGGUGGCGAUGAUACAAUCAAGUUGUGGGACACUCGGAAAUUUAAGUCUCCUAUCACGACCGUCACACAUCCUUCGACAUCUUCUCGCUACCCAACAUCCAAUAUUCAAUUCUCUCCAACAUCCGCCAACGUGAUCACUGGUUCAGCAACUGGUCAUUUGCACAUCCUCAAUCCUGCAACAUUGAGACCAGAGCACGUCACUCCGGUGACACCUGGAUCUCCUUUGAUUACUGUCUUGUGGCAUGAAAAGCUUAAUCAAAUCUUGACGGGCUCUGCAAACGCCGAAACCCAUGUCCUCUACAACCCGACCAUGUCCACGAAAGGCGCAGCGACGGUCAUGUCCAAGGCCCCUAAGGCUCGCCAUGUUGAUGAGAUUGCCACUCCCAACAUUGGUGAGGGCUUGUCUGGCGACUCAAUCGUUGUCGGCUCCAACGGAGUUCCACACUAUAGUUCCUCUACCUGGUCUGCUCGUCAUCCGACGGUUGGUCUGACAGCAUCGGGUCGCUCUCGAGACCCACGACGCCCUCACCAGCCGUUGGCCACGCCCUUUUCCAAAACUAAUCCAGAUGAGAAGCACAUUCGCGAAAGUAUGCCUCUCAGCUCCAGCCUACAUGAGGAUCCCCGUGAGGCACUUUUGAAGUAUGCGGAGCAAGCGGAGAAGAACCCCAUAUACACCAACGCAUACAAGGAAACCCAGCCAACUGCUAUCUAUGCGGAGCUGAGUGACGAGGAAGAGGCUGGGCCUGAAAAGAAGAAAGCUAGGCGAUGA